UGCAGGCUCACUUUAGGGCUCUAACCACUGCAGGAUCGGGAGCCGGGGUACUCUGGCUCACCUGCGUUCAUGGCUUCUCCUUGCAAGGCGGUAAUUGUUCCCGGGAACGGAGGCGUGGAUAUUGCGGUCGACGGAUGGUAUUGCUGGGUGAAGAAGAGGCUGGAUCAGAUACCUGGUUUCCAGUGUUUGGCUAAAAACAUGCCUGACCCAAUUACAGCUCGAGAGAGCAUCUGGCUGCCCUUCAUGGAGACAGAGCUGCAUUGUGACGAGAGGACCAUCAUCAUAGGCCACAGUUCCGGGGCCAUCGCGGCCAUGAGGUAUGCAGAAACACAUCGAGUGUAUGCGAUUGUAUUAGUGUCUGCAUACACAUCAGACUUAGGGGAUGAAAACGAGCGUGCAAGUGGCUACUUCAACCGCCCCUGGCAGUGGGAGAAGAUCAAAGCCAACUGCCCUCACAUUGUGCAGUUUGGCUCCACUGAUGAUCCUUUCCUACCCUGGAAGGAACAACAAGAAGUGGCAGAUAGUUUGGAAGCCAAACUUUACAAAUUCACUGACCGUGGCCACUUUCAGAAGACGGAGUUUCCCGAACUGAUUGAUGUGGUAAAGUCUAUGCUGAAAGAGUCAGCACAAAAAGAAUGAUUUCUGCUAUUCUGCAUACCAAUAUAGUAGAGCAAUGAUCAGAUUAUAGGUAAAUCAUCAAAAAUGCCUAAAAAACAAACACAAGUUUCAAUGUUCAAACUAAGUUACAAGUAGCAUUUCCAUUUUCCAUAGAAUCUCUUUCCAAAUUGCUAUGAAUUAAAGCAGUAUUUUCCUUAUGAUAAGGGACCUUAAGGACAUGUUAACCAUCCAAAGUGAGUAAGACACAAAUGGAACCCAGGUUUCCUGAUUUCCAGCCCAGAUGAAAACUAAAUAAAUUUGAUGUAUAAGAGUUGUA